AUGGUGUGUUACUAUGACUCACAGCUCAAUCCAUCACCACAUUUGCGUUUUACCCAAGCAUCUAUCCAUGAAGUGUUAAAGUGGUUCAGCAAUUUGUCUGCUCCUAAACGCGUAGAAUUUGUUUGCGGUUUACUUCAGUUAUCCACACCACCAGAACUAAGGUUUUACGGCAGCUGCUUGGAAGAGAUUGCUCGUCAAGACUACGAAAGUCUCCGCGAUUCUGAACUACAAGCAAAUGCACCAAUGGAAAAUUAUGGCGUUUUAACUUUGUAUAAUACUGUGUCAUCAAAUUCUCGUAUUUCCAGUCUGGUAACUCCGAUUUCUAUCCCAAUUCCUCCAUCAUUUAUUAUACUAAAUAAGAAUGCAACAUUACGAUCCAAACUUAUCCUCAGUCUUUCUCUACUUAAUUCUACAAAUAUACCAGCAGCUACAAGUUAUUUUGAAACAUUAAUGGCUGACGAGAGCGACACAGAUUCACCGAAUGAUUUACAAAUAUCAACUUCCGUGUCAAAAACACUACAUGUAAAAAAUAAAUCAUCUAAGGGUAGCUGUGUUUCAUCAGACGACAGUGAUUGUGAGUUGUCUUCAGUAGAUAUUUUAAGGACUAUCAAUCCGCAAGUUUUGGAUGAAAUUAUGCUCAUUUAUACACUUGCUGCAUUUCAUCCGGCUUUUUCUUUUGACCAGCGACAACGUUUGUAUAAGCGUUUAUCCAUUGUAAGAGCCUUAUCUGAUCAGUCAGUAAAAAUUGCUCAACUUGCUAAUCAGUACAAACAUCCCACUAAACAUGUCGUUAGUGCGUAUCCUCAAAAGUUAAAGUCUCCCUCUAACCGUAAACAACAUUCCUGUCUAAAUUUUUCUACCGGAUCUAGUGUUCUACAGUGUCCGGCACCAAGACAAAGUCGUUUCUACGGUAACCGAGGCUCUAUAAAUCAAGACUGCAAUAAUAAUCCUUCUGUUAAUUAUUCACAUGGUGGUGUUUUGCUGUGCCAUUGCUCACGAUACUAUUAUCGAAGUUCUGUAACACGUUCAUUACGUCCACACAGUUUACCAUCAAAUUGUUUGCGUAGUUGUGGAUAUGAUAGUGAUGAAAACAACAAGGAAAUCAUUUCAAUUAUCAAUCCAAAUAACGUAGGUAUGCAUUUCAAUGAUAAAAAUGAUACAUUGGACAUAUCCUCCAUGAUAAGCAUACAAACUGAUUCAUCAUCCAUUGGCAGGCCAGAUGAUUCAUUCGAGUCAAAUAGUCGACAAGGACUUGACGCUUUCCAAGAAUUUGAUGAUACUACUACUACGACUACUACUACUACUACUACUACUACUACUACUACUACUACUACUACUACUACUACUACUACUACUACUACUACUACUACUACUACUACUACUACUGCUACUACCACUGCUACUAGUAGUAGUCAAAGUUCAAAUGAUGAACGCUAUCCUAGAACUGUACGUUGUUCAUCAUGUCGGGAUUAUGAUAGUCUGACUAGUAAUGGAGAGCUUUCAGUUUAUGAUUCUGGUUUAAAUUAUCUUGAAGAGGUACAUCUUUGGUUGAAAAAUCCUGACCUAUCACGUACUACUGAUACAACAAAAUCCUUAACUGCGUCUGACAGGCCUUCAGUUUACAAAGAUCUAGUUCGAUCGUCUGAGGAGCUUAUUUUGUGUUCAUCAAUUAACCCGAGUUUGAUUAACGACCCAUUAUAUCCCUCGUCGUCUUCUGCAUCUAACAGACUCAUCUCUACGACAUCUGGUUCCGAUUUUUGUCUCGGUUCUGAGAAAUGCCCGAAAACAAUAUCAGACUAUUGCGCAAUAUUUCCAAAGCGUCAUAGUUCCGAUUCUUCUCCAAUCUCCACACCACCUUCUGAAGAAAGCGGUUCUGACUCUACUGCACUUAAAGCUUUUUCACCGGAUUAUUGGGAUCCAACGGGUUCAUCACGUUAUACUCGGGAAAUGUACACACCAUAUCAAUCUUACAGUCAGGCCUUUCGUCCAAUAGUAGAAAAUUCUGGAGAAUCUCAAAUAAAAAACAUUUCCUCUUCUAAUCAGCUAUCUAAAUCAUCUCAUCCGAUAGUCGUAUCACAUUCCAGCAGUAUAUUAACAUGUAAAACAUUCAACCAAUUCACAUUGGAGGAUUUUCCUUCAUUACCAACCUUACGUUCUGUGGUCAAUUCUGAAUUAUCAAGUGUUUCAACUAAACAUAAUAAAACGAAGAAUUAUAAUCACAGUUGUUUUGAUAAUCGUAACGAUUUUAGUUGUAUUAAUAAUAAUAAUAAUAAUAAUAAUAAUAAUAGUAAUAAUAAUAAUAAUAAUAAUAAUACAUAUACUAGUCAAUUGUCUACUGCAUCCACUGCUGUUUCUAUGUCCUCUCAUGAAUCAUCUAAUAGUGCACAUAAUUCUCAAUUGAAUUUUAACAAACUCUCAGUUGUUUCUGACUAUAUGAAACAUGAUGAAAAUGAUGAUUUGGUUGCAAAAUCAAUCCCAUUCCAUUCUAGUGAUAAUAAUCAGUUUGAAACAACUGUUUUCUCUUCCAACCAGUCAAAUUUUCUUCCUAUUAUGAUAAAUUCAAAUACUUAUUCUUAUAUAACACGUACUACUACUACUAUUACUACUACUAUUAGCAAUAAUUUUACCAUCUCACCGCACUAUUGGAUGUCACUUCAAGGUCCUAUACCAAUACUUCCUUCAACAUUAUGUCCAUCAUAUCUACUACCUACAUCUACGAUUUUAGAAAAUUUCCAACCUGUGCAAAGACUACCUGUCUUAUAUCAGUGGACGGCUCAAUCGGCGGGCACAUCUAACAAUAACAAUAAUAUUAACAAUGCAUGUUCAUCUUUCAUACCAUGUUUAUCGUCUUGUGUUGGUAUUUUAACUACAAACUCCAUAAAUAAUGAUUCUGAUGUUAAUUUACAGUUGGUCAAAAUGAAUAUUCCAGAGAUUAGUGCAGUUUCUCAUUCUUCUCAAGAGUCAGAUAGUGACGGACAUAAUGAUGAUGAUCAUAAUCAUAAUGAUAUUGAAAAGGAAGGGAAGAAAGUGAAAAGCCCCCAUAGUCCACUACGUUCUUCGGUCAGCAACUGUGAUUAUUUCACGAAUCAUGAAAAUAUUAAUAACAAUAUUGAAGUAACUACUAAUACCAUUAUAAAUUCUGCAAUAUAUAAUUCUCAAUUAGAAGUACUUCACAAGGGCCCAUUUUCACAGCCAUAUAUCUUAUUGCCUUCAAACCCUCCCUAUUCAAUGUCUAGUAUAUGUACGAAUGCUUUAAAUUCCUGUGGAGUAAUGCGAAAUUCACCAGUUGGCCAAGCAGUUACAACAAUUUUUGAUAAUGGUGAUAACAAUAAUGGUGGUAUCGACCUAAAUCCAAAUAUUAAUAAUUCGCAUUCAAAUCAUCAGCUGGAUACGAUCAGAAUGAAACAGUUAAAUAACGAACGGAAUAUUUCAGAUAUUAGAAAAAUAAAAGUUGCAAAUGAUACAAAUAUUUUUCCAGAAUCACAUGGAAAAACGUUUAGUAGUAGUAAUGCCACAAUGAAUGGUACAACUUCAGUACCUAUUGUUACUGCUAAUACUACCAUUUUAACGACUAAUGCGAACAUAAAUCAUGUCCACUCCUCUAACCGCUUAGCACCCCACCAAUCAUAUGAUUCUAAUGGUAUAGAUAUAAUCACUACUGAAGAAACACAGAAAAAUCCACCAAUAAAUGCUCUCGAGAAUUGUGACUUUUCAGAUUCUCUCAGCUGUAACAUACCUUAUCAAUUAUGGUCUGCUAAAGAAACUGUUUGUAAUCCUACUUGGUCUUAUCUUCGAUUUCCUGGUAAACCUGAUUCCUCAAAUGGUCUAAUUAAUAAUUCUGGACCCCAACGUAUUUACCCUAAUCGUGGUUAUUUACCUAUGAAUUGUAAUAAUUCCAUUAUACCGCGUGGCUAUACUCAUCCUCAAAUUGCCUGUUCAUUCUACUAUACACAACACCCUAGUUUAACAUUAGUUCCAACUACUGUAUCCACUCACUCUCUGUUUAUUGGUUCAAUUCCUAAUCCAAAUAUUCAUUUCCAGCAACCGCAUUCCUCUUAUGGUUUAGUGCCUAGUUCAUCUUCGACUUCUGGGCUAUCCCUAGAUGGAUACCUAGGAAUUCCUAUAACUUCUUCAAACUCUAUUAAAUCUAAUCUUUCUUCUAUGAGUCAAUCAUCUGUAGCAUCAGUCGAUCCUAUGACAAAAUCAGCCUUAUUACAAAAUCCAUUACUUCAAAUGCCAAAUACCCCUCCAUUACCGAGCUUCGGGUUACAUCCUCCUUUGCAUCCAACAUAUCCUCCACCAAUACCAAAUUUGCCAGCUAAUGAUACUAAUAGCCCUUCCAUGACAAUUUCUUCUUGGUCAUCAAUAAAUGGACCUAAAAUAGUCAGCUGUUACAAUUGUGGUCAGCCAGGACAUAAAGCUAAUAUCUGUCCAUCAAGAUGGUCAAGUCAACAAUCAUUGGAAAAUGUUUUCUCGUUGAAUUGCGCUCCAAGAAAGUAA